AUGUUGGCAGCGAAGUUCUUGGGCUUCGCGUUCCUUGUUCGUGUGACCCGGGCCGCACCGCUGUCGCUGACUAUUCUCCACACCAAUGAUCACCACUCUCACCUGGAGGCCAACCGUGUGGAAAUUGAGGCCAGCAAGAUCGCCGGGCUUUCCGCGCAGGCUUCCAGCAACGCCAUCAACGUCGAGUUGGGCGGCUACCCGCGGAUCGUCUCCGGCUACGCGAAGCUGAAGAUCGAUGCAGAGACGGCAGGGCGCUCAGUGCUGAAGCUCCACGCCGGCGACGCCAUCACAGGCACAGCCUACUACUCCAUGUUCAAAGGCGAGGCCGAUGCGAAGAUGAUGUCCCUCGUGUGCUUCGAUGCCUUCACGCCGGGGAACCACGAGUUCGACGAUGGAGACCAGGCCCUUGCCAACUUCAUCGACAAGCUCCAGACCGUCAACGCAUCCUGUGCCACUCCGGUGGUGGCUGCGAACGUCGUCCCGGCGGCCACGUCGCCGCUCGUCGGCAAGCUCAGCAAGUCCGUGAUACUCUCUGUCGGUGGCCAGCAGGUGGGCAUCGUCGGCAUUGAUGUUCGCAACAAGACUUUGCGCUCCUCCUCGCCAAGCGCCGGAACGACCCUCACCGACGAGCGGACCGCCGCCCAGGCAGAGAUUGACAUGCUGCUGGGCCAGAGCAUAGACAAGAUCGUGUUGGUUACGCACAUGGGCUACGACAGCGACAUGUCUCUCAUGGCCUCUCUGCGUGGAGUGGAUGUUGUGAUUGGCGGCGACUCUCACAGCCUUCUGGGCGACAACACAACCCGCGAGGUCGAUUUCAGCCCCAUCCACGGCGAGUAUGCUACGGUGAUGCGCAAUGCUGAUGGGAAAAUGGUCUGUGUAGUCCAGGCGUGGGAAUACAACAAGGCGAUCGGCGAGCUGGAGGUGGACUUCGACACCAGCGGUGAUGUGCUGCACUGUGGGGGCCAGCCGCGCUUCCCAUAUGCCUCGCAGAUUCAGUCGGGAAGGAGGCGCAGUAGCCAGGCUUUUGUCAUCAAUUCGUCGGACACAGCCAGUGUGAUGAGUUACCUCGAUGCGACGGGCCAGUUCAUAUUGGUUGAAGACGAUGCGCACACGGCUGCCGAGCUCUCCAGCUACCAGACGCAAGUGGAGGCUUUGAAGCAGGAGACGAUCGCCUAUGCGCCGAGCAAAAUUUGCUUCGACCGCUGGCCUGGACAGGGCGCGGGCAGCUGCCCCAUUGCGGAGACGCAGGAGCAGGGCGGCGGGGCAUGCCAGCUGGUGGCCCAAGCCUUCUUGGAGGUGACGAAGGCUGCCGACGUCGCCAUUCAGAAUGGCGGAGGCUGUCGCACGGACAUCGCAGCUGGCAACUUCAGCCACAACGAUGCCUACACCAUGCUGCCCUUUUCCAACACACUCGUGACCUUGGAGCUCACAGGCGCGCAAAUCAAAGCUGUCCUGGAGGACGCCGCAGAUUUUGGCAUCACCGAUUCUUCUGGCGCCUUCCCUUAUGCCGCAGGCCUGCGAUACGACGUGAACAGAAACGAGACCAAGGGCAACCGCAUCACCUUCGUCGAGGUCCGGCCGCGGCUCACUGGUGGCUGGAUGCCCAUCGAUAACAGUGCGACCUAUGUGGUUGUCACCAACAGCUACAUCGCAGGAGGCAGGGACGGUUAUACCACCUUCACGGAGGCAUCCGGUAGCCUGAGGAACACGUACAUCGAGUAUGCAGAGGGCUUCGCCCGCUACUGCAAGGAAGUGGGAACUUUGGUAGAGCCGCCGCGCGAAGAUUUCUCUACCCAAGGUUACAUCGAUGCCGCUGGGCAGGUGCAGGGCCUUGGUGCUCGGAGCACGACCACAACCACUGCGACGGAGCUUCCAGGCCAGGAGACGAGCAGCUCCUGGGGAAGCGGCAUCGGAGGUCUUCCGCUCCUGGGAGCCGCGGCGGUGCUGGGCUUUCUCUGCACCUCUGAGGCGUAG